ACUGCGUCGUCCCUCGCACCCGGCUCGUACCAACUCAUCCAGCGCGCUCCCAUGCUUACGAUUGUGCGGACAAUGACACAUCCUUCGGGGUAGUCUCUUCACCCAUAGCGACGUCUGCUGGCACCCAGCAAGCACUGCGACGCCUCCCUUGCGACGGCGAGCGACGCUCCCGCCACGAUCGCCAUGGCCGACCUGUUUCCACGUCGUGGACUUGAGCCUGUCAUGAAGCAGACCACCACGUCGAAGCCGCACUGUGCCCCCUUUACCCUUCCCUCCGGCGGCCAUAUCCUGUUGGCUCCCACGUCGACCAUCACACUGACCGCAGACGUACUCUUCACGCCCGAGUGUAACCCUACCGAGACCGCAAGCGCCAUAUAUCAAAAUCAGGGCAUAUCUGGAAUCACGGAUGUUAAGGAUCCUUUCUACGCUUCAGUCACACCGCAGGUCUACGCCACCGCUGCCGCCACCGUUCUCGCCUGGAUGCUGGUCAUCAUGCUCUUGAUUACACCGAGGACGUACUUCGUCGGCGGCGCCGGCGGAGGCUUCGGUAUUCUGAACAGGCACGGCAUGAUAAGCGGCGCGCAGGGAGGCGUCAGCGUCAUCGGCGUCGGCUCGAGGCCUUGGCUGCAAAAAGUCGCUGCGCUGACGGCCGCCGUGUCGUUGACCAUUGCCACGGCCGACACGUUCAAGGUUGCCGAGCAGCAGUACGCGGCCGGAUUCAUGAACGCCGAGCAGCUCCGCAGCGAGGUCGUCAACAGCACCGAGAUCCAGGUCACGCGCAUAGUCUCGGACGUGUUUUUGUGGCUGGCACAGGUGCAGACCCUAAUUCGACUGUUCCCCAGACACAAGGAGAAGGUUCUGAUCAAGUGGAUCGGCUUCGCCCUCAUCAUCCUAGACGCCAUAUUCUCCACCCUCAACAGCUUCAUGGGUAACCCAAUUGGACGGCCGAGGGAGUUUCGCGACGCCAUCCCUGCUUUGAACUAUCUGUUUGAGCUUUCGCUCUCCAUGCUUUACGCAGCAUGGGUCAUCUACUAUGCGUUAUGCAAGAGGAAAUACGCGUUUUACCACAAGGACAUGUGGAACGUAAUGCUGGUGGCCCUCUUGUCAAUCGUGGCAAUUCUUACCCCCGUCAUCUUUUUCAUCACCGACAUAGCGAAUGAAAGCAUUGCCGGUUGGGGAGACUACUUCAGAUGGGUUGGUGCUGCAGCAGCAAGCGUCAUCGUGUGGGAGUGGGUGGAAAGAAUAGAAGCCUUGGAAAGAGAAGAGAAGAAAGAUGGCAUACUAGGCAGAGAGGUCUUUGAUGGCGACGAGAUGAUUGACUCCGUUGAGCCCGAACAAGUUAUAUGGCCACGACCGCGGGGUUUCUGGGCUGGCCAAGGCUUCAGGCGAAGAGGUCGAAGAGGUGGAGGAGAUGGAGGAUAUGGAGGCACUGGCGGACAAGGCACGGUAGAGGGCCAGCUACCCACGCAUAGCACCGGCCAAGCUGAGCAGACGUGUGCAUUUUUCAGGACGAAAGCAAAGAGGUCUCCUAACAGGGCUGCAAAGGAUGAAGACGUUCGUCUACCCGCACAUGGCAUCAAGCCGAUACCCACACCACCUCCGGUCGCGGUCUCUCCUAUUAGCCGAGCAGACACCACAAGCCCGGCGAGCACAGUCUACACGAUACGAUACCAUAACAUCAAUACACCCAUACCCGCAGCAACCAAUCCGCAGAACAAUUUUGCAUCUCUGAAUCAAACGAUGCAUAACGGCUCAGUUCUGAAUGAGAAGCUUGUUGAAGAAGAACAAGACGAUAGCGAUAGCAUCGACCUUAAGCCGGACUAUUCGGGGCAUCCUCGCUCGAAGUUUCACGUUAGCAACCCUUUUAAGCGAAAGAAGGCGUUGCCACCCGAAGAAGUUCGCGCUGGCCAGGUUAUUGAUCCUGUUCCGAUCAAUACUACCAGAGCUCAACCCUCGCACCAGUAUUCGCGAUGGGACAUCAAAGGCAGGCUGGGGGCGUUCGCUGCUGAACAAGGUGAAAAGUGGUUAGAGAAGAAGAGAGGCGAGGAGAAGGAGAAGGAUCUGCCGGUCACUAUCAUCCCUGCACAGCCGAGAGGAAGGACGUGGAGUCCGGACGCUACGCUCAAUCUCCCCACAGAAGCGGCUUCGCAGUCACCGAGCAUAGCAGGACAGGACCGCUCAGGACUUCCCGCCGCGGACUUGAUCCAUCGGGUAUACACUGGUCCUUCUUCAAUGUCAACUCCACCUGCGUCCGGGCUGAGUUCACCACGUCAAUCGGCUGACAGUAAUGACGGAAUGUCGAGCGCACGUUCUUCAAACUCACUGCCGCCAACACCACCAAAGUGAGCGUGAAGAGUGUCGAGGCACUAUCGUCAGCUUUUUAGCCAUCUUUUGUACUGCAUUGCAUCGGGUCUCUCUUGCGGACAACCAUCUGGCGCAGGUCUUAUUUUCAGGUAAACAAAUGCUCGGCGUUUUGGAGCAUAUAGAUACCCCCCCCAAACGCCUGUAAAAAGGAAAACAAAGGCGUAACAUGGGCGACAGGACAUGAAAUGAAUCUACGAUUGUCUAACGAACUUAUUGUGUUUGUCAAUCCGAAAAAGGUACCAUGUAGUUGUCUGUGGGUAGGAUUGUCCAGACUAUGUAAAAAGUGUUCUUCCGAAGAAAUCAAACUCCGUUUAAAGGAUCGCCUAAUUGGACGAGACCUGGUUUUCCUUGUCCCUGCCGCUUUCAGGUGCGCCUAUAAUACCACGCUUAUGGCGGCGUCGGAUUCGACCUCUCGAGUCACGAAGCCAGUCCGCUAUCCUUGCCGCGGAUCCCCGACAGUCGCAGAGCGCAGUUCUUCUCAUGAUCCGUGAACGUCCCAGAAGAAGUACACAGCCGAGGCAUAAGCGUGACGCAAAAACAAGC